GACAUGGACCGGUUGCAAGCGACGUCAGCCUCCAUCAGUGCUUUGGCAGGGAAGCCGUUGAAAGAGAUCUUUGGGCCAGCGGAGCUUGACUUCCUUCGGAAGGCUUGGGUCCAGGUGCGUGCCGACCGGAGAUUUGCAGUGAGCCACAAGGAGCUGAACUUUCAGAACCUCGAAGUGUUACUGGACGGAUGCGACAGCUCAGUCCCGGUCCUUGCCACGGGCAGGAUCGAAGUUGUGCACCAUGCAGAGGGGAGGUUGGACUUCCUGCUACAUUUUACUUCUCCGUCACUUGCCUCGGCACCCUCUUCUCUAGCGACUUCAUCGCAAGGUUUGCAAUCAGCCAGAGCUUCGUCCAUCAAAAUCCUUGUUGCUCUGUGA